AUGACUGUCAACAAUACAUCUGAAGUAGAAUUCAAGCCUCUGCACAACAGCUUUGGAGCUGAGUGCCAGGGAAUUGACUUCUCACGCCCUCUGUACGAAAAAGAGGUCCGGACUAUUAAAGAUGGUAUGGCCAAAUAUGGCGUGCUCGUCUUCAGAAAUGCUCAACUCGACGAUGAACGACACGUGGCUCUAGCCCGCCAGAUGGGUGAGCUGGAUGCCUCAACUGUGUUCAUCACCCCUGGCAAGAAAUACCGACUCGCACCUUACACUGAGUUGACAGACGUGGCGAACAUCGAAGACGAUGGCUCCAUCAUUCAGCCAGGAAGUCUUCGCGCGGACUGCAACAAGGGAAAUAACCUUUUCCAUGUCGACUGCUCUUAUAACCCGCGUCGUGCUGGGUACUGUAUCUUACGUGCACACCAGUUACCUCCGAAGGGAACUGGUGGUGGAACAGGAUUUGCUGAUACACGGACAGCAUAUGAAGAAUUAGACAGUGAAACCAAGGAAAAAAUUAACGACUAUGUACUAUGGCAUUCUAUCUGGCAUAGUCGUCGUCUUGCAGCACCUGAGUCGAAGUUCUUGAAAUAUAUGGACCCUUCAAAGCGAUCUAUGGCCCGCCACAAACUGGUCCAAGAGCACGAGGCCAGCGGGCGUAUGAACUUGUAUGUCGCAGCACAUGGCUAUCGGUUCGACGGGUGGACUCACGAGGAGAGUCAGCCUGUGGUCGAUGCUCUGAUGGAGCACGCGACCCAGGAAAAAUACACUUUGAGAGUGGACUGGGAAAACGAUGGUGACUUUGUCAUUUGGGACAACACAUGCGUUAUGCACAAGUCUUGCGGAGGUUCCUUUGCCGGAAAGUACAUUCGUGAUAUGAGACGAGCAACUAUUCUCGACGAUUCCUCCACGGCCUGGGGAUUGAAUGAGAAGGGUGAAAACGCUGGAUAUCUGGAUGACUUGAAGAAUGGAUUUGUCGAUGCCACGAAGAAGAAAUAA